GCUGUGGACGUGGUUUAUUUGGACAGAGGGGUGGUGGUGGACGUGGGUAUACUUGGACAGAGGGGUGGCAGUGGACGUGGCUUGGGACGUGGUAUACUCGAACAGAGGGGUGGCGAUAGACGUGGUAUACUUGGACAGAGGGCUGGCUGUGGACGAAUACUUGGACAGAGGGGUGGGCAGUGGACGUGUGCAUACUUGGACAGAGGGGUGGACGUGGUAUACUCGGACAGAGGGGUGGCGGUGGACAAGAUAUACUUGGACAGAGGGUGGUGGUGGACGUGGCAUACUCGGACAGAGGGAUGGGCAGUGGAUGUGGUAUACUUGGACAGAGGGGUGGCUGUGCACGUGGUAUACUUGGUGUCAGGGAGCUGG